AUUACCUUUAAAUUGAAGGAAACCUGAAAAUAGCAGUUACUAAGAUAGAAAAACAUCAAAAAGAUUAUAAUAAACCAGAAAGGAACAUGGACGAUUAAGGAUGGGGACGAUUAACACAGAUUACAAACGACGAAGUUGAAAACUUCAGGCUAAACUUUUGAAGAUGCGUAAACCGUGACUUAGUUCAUUUAAACAUUUUAAAGUCACUCUGAAUUACUACAUUGACGUUUGCAGUCUGUUUGAAUAUCAUCACUAUAUUUAUUGUCAGUUCGUAUCUCAUUUUAUCCCGUUUUAAGAACACUUUGUAUGGAACAUAAUCGUCUAAUACAGUUUGACCUGUUGUUCUAUUUAACGGUUUGUGAUAUCUUUUAAUGUUUGGUUCUGAACGAGAGUUAUUUUGUCCAUUUUAGGUAUUUCAGAGGCUGGUUUGUUCGUCGAAUGCUGGAAAAAUCAAAAGCCAAGGCUCUGAAGCGAACGCUGUCAUUCAACAAGUUUAUCAAGGGUUACCAGGCCCUACUCUACAGAGUACAGAAGAGAUAUGGCAUCAAAGAGCCGACCACUGCUCUGGAGUUUAACGAGUUGAUGGAGUAUGUGGAGCGGCUUAAUAAAUACGAAGUGGCGUUUGACAAAUUUGCCACCGACGGUGUCCUUCAGUAUAACGACAUCAAGAAGUUCUUCGAGUCAGUUGGUCACGUACCUUCACAAAAGGAAAUCGACGAAGCUAUCGAGAUUGUCACGAAAAUGUCUGCUAAAGGCCGUGCCCUGACCAAAGCUGAAGCAGUCGAAGUGUUAUUCCAUAUUUACGUUCCAAAAGGCACAAAGAUGAAGCUGGCUGACGUUCGUAAAUCCACGUGGUUAAAUCCCUUGGACGAUGGGCGCGAUAUUAUGCAACUCUUGUCCAAAAAAGACUUGGAACAAACCAAUUUGUUGAGGUGUUUGGAAGUGGUGGCAGGAGCAGGAAAGGAGAGCGACGAUAUUCAAGACUUACUUCGUCCGGAGUCCGCAGCGGGCAAGCAAACUGACAAGAAACAACAAGGCAAGAAAAAGUCGACCUCAAAACCCCCGCGCAAAACCAUCCUGGCCCAGUACCCUAUGAGACCAUCGACCCCGACCACUAAAUCACCCAGGCCUCCGUCAGGCAAAAAGCCGAGCAAGAGAUGAUGCUGAAGGAGUACUGGUAAUAAGGCGGUGUCCGUAAAUUAAUUAGCCAUCCAUGGAGACCCAGGGGCAGUUAGUGGGGAAAAGUGAAAGACAAAACGGCGGGGAAAAUCAGCAAAGCUGGGUUAAUGUUUAACCUAAGUAGUCUUAGAGUAUGAAAGAAAUUCUGCAAGAUUUCUUGGUCGCCUUUGAGUGACCUUCUUUAAACUUUAUUUAAAAAUGUAUUUAACAUGUACACUAUGUUUUAUGAAAUACCCAGGAUUUUACGAACGUUCUGAUUCGUCAAUCAAGACCUUUGACUUGUUUUGACCGGAGUCUGAGCAGUCUCAUGAAUACAGCAGUCCAUAAUUUGUACAUUUCGUUCAUUUUAAUUCUGCAAUAAUCUUUGGAUAUUGUCCUUUAGUAGCAGUUUCAAAAUAAUUUUGAAAGAUCUUUGAAUUAAAAUUACCGCUAGCUGCUGGACAAAUUAAAUUAACCACGGGACAUUGUCUUGAUGUGUUACCAAUUCUCUGAACUGGCAAAAAAAAAAAA